CCACGUGCGGCGGCGCGGCGUGAGCGGGCGAGCACACAUCCCGCACGUAGCCGGAGCAUUAACCGGCGCGGGGCCAUCUGCCGCCGCGGUCCGACCGUCAGGUUCCGCACGGCCCCGGGGGUCCCGCAACACCUCUCGGGCGGCAGCAGCAGCAACGCGGAGUUCCGGCAGCACCGUAUCUUCGGGACGCUGAGAGCAACCGUGCCCUACCCUACCCUGCCCUGCCCGGUCCGUCGCGACCAAAGUUUUGCCUCGCCUCGCCUCGGCUGGCCCCGCGCUGCGGCGGAGCCCUUGCGCGGCUGGCGGCGGCCCGGCGGGCAUCGCCUCCCGACGUGGUCACCGGCAGAGCAGCGACGCGCCCGUCCCCGCAGUGCCAUGCCGCUGGGGCACAUCAUGAGGCUGGACCUGGAGAGAAUCGCCCUCGAGUACGUCGUGCCCUGCUUGCACGACAUCGGCUUCUGCUACCUGGACAACUUCUUAGGGGAGGUAGUGGGAGACUGUGUGCUGGAGCGGGUGAAGAGGAUGCACCGCGACGGAGAGCUGGCCGACGGGCAGCUGGCCGGACCCAGCCGCGGCGUCGCCAAGCGGCAUCUCCGCGGCGACCAGAUCAAGUGGAUCGGGGGCACGGAGGAAGGCUGCGAAGCCAUCAACUUCCUCCUCACGCUGAUAGACCGGCUGGUGAUGUACUGUGGGAGCCGGCUCGGCAAGUACUACGUGAAGGAGCGGUCCAAGGCUAUGGUUGCUUGCUAUCCUGGAAAUGGAACUGGGUAUGUUCGUCAUGUGGACAAUCCAAACGGCGACGGGCGCUGCAUCACCUGUAUUUAUUAUCUGAAUAAGAACUGGGACUCUAAGUUGCAUGGUGGAAUUCUUCGGAUAUUCCCAGAGGGAAAGUCCUAUGUAGCAGAUGUUGAGCCGAUUUUUGACCGAUUACUUUUUUUUUGGUCAGAUCGAAGGAACCCACACGAAGUCCAACCUUCUUAUGCAACCAGAUAUGCCAUGACUGUGUGGUAUUUUGAUGCUGAAGAAAGAGCAGAAGCCAAAAAAAAAUUCAGGAACUUAACCGAUGCAAGGAAGAGAGAAGCACCACUUAAUGAAGACUAAUAAACUGUUCCUGAACUUGUGAGGAAAUACAAUCCCAAAGAUGACUUCAGUUUCCAGUGAGCAAGGGCAAAUUCUUGUUAUGCACAAGAAUGCACUGGUUGUGUCUAGGAUGUGCAUCUUAUGUUGAUGGUACUUAAGGCAGCCUCCUGUCAUGCCUCCAUCUGGCAGAAGAGACACUUGUUUUCUGUUUGCCUUUUGCUGGAAUAAGUAACCAGGGUUUGAAAAAAUAAAAAAAAGUAUCACUAAGACUAGUGGUAGGGGCUCAGCCAACCAGCUCUUGAUCACUCUUGUAACCAAGAUAAUGAUCACUGGAACUAGUGGUAAAAACCUGAGUCUUAUUUGCACUUUAUGGGUGGGGGGGAAAAAUUCUAGCUCAAUGGGAGCUUUACAAGUUUAAAAUCUGUGGCAGACUGCUAAUGGGCAAGGAGAGAUUUUUGGAAAAGUGAAAUUAAACUGGACUUUUGUAGAGUGUCAUCUUAUGGUCUGUCCCACAUGGGCUUGUUGAUGUACUGUUUGUCACUUUGGUGCAUAGAACACUGGCUCAGCGCUUUGCUAGCGUGACUUUCCAAACAGAUUGUUGUCCACCCAGUUGCCACAUUUCCUGGAUUUUGUGUGAGACAAGUUCUAGCUGUGCAUCUGCACUGCCCCUCCUUUCUGUCCCAGGACUGAGGGGGAAGUAGUUCUGUGUCUGCCCAUAGCUUUGUAAAACCAUUUCCUUUCUGUUCUGAGCACGAUGGGUUUUACGUUUUCUAUUUUCAUGGUUUGGAAAAGCAGCUUUUUUCUCCCCAAAGUUGUGUAAACUUGGAAGGAUGAUGGCACACAGAGCAUUGGCACCAAAGGCCAGUGAUGUGUAGAGUUGUGUUAUUCUUGUGACUUCUUCAUCUACUAUGUUUUGUAUGACACAGAUAAGAAUCUGAAAGAAAAAGAUAUGUCUGGCAGUCUGACAAAUGUAUGAUAAAUAAUGGACAACUUACACUUGAUUUCUAUGCUGCUUAUCCCUAGUUAACACACUUGUUUAACUUUGCAUGUGUAUGUAAUUUGAAUGACACAGAGAUUCAGUUUCGAUUGAUCCAUUAUGCCAGGAAACUACUACUGCUGUGCCCAAGCCAUGAGAUCAGUUAUUCAAAUGGCAAAGCACUUUUUUUUUUCUUAAACUCAAUGAGUAACUGGCAGGCUGUUUCCUAUCUACCUAAGCUUCUACAACCAGCACUUACUAUGCAAUUCAGAAUAGCUCUUAAUGAAGGUGGGAGCUGAUGGUGGAUGUAUUUAUCACUCACACUAAUCGUUUUCAACCUAAUACACUCACUUGCAUUCAUUUUUGUCUCAUGUUUUCCGUGUGUAUGUCAGACCCUACUAAGUUUUUCAAACAGCUGUCCUCUUCAUUGUCCCAUAUUUUCCUGUGCCACCUGCCAGCAGUGGUGAGGGUGGUUUGUCAGCAUCUCUUCACCAUGCUGUGCCAGGCUCUCGUGCUGCUGAGGGGUCUGCAGGCCAGCUCUGCACUUGAGCUGGGGAAUGAAAAGGUAACAUGCAAUCACAACUACUAAAUAUAAGUGACACAAGGGUAACAGCUGCACAGGACAGGAAAGAAACAGCUUUCAUAACAUAAAUAAUGGUCAUAAAAAUGGAAGGGUGUUUUUUUAGCAGUUCUAUCUUAAAAAAAAAAAAAAAAAAAAAAGAAAAAAGAAACAAGGAAAAAACCCCCAAACAAAACCAACAACAAACAAACAAACAAAAAGGGAAAAACCCCAAACCCUGUAGAUCCUUCAGUUAGUCCUCAAACUCUGAAUGUAAAUGCUAAGAAUCCCCUUGUUCUCUCUGGCUUCUCCCAGAGAUCCAUCUGUGGUCUUACAGGGCUGGACUUUGUUCAGCCUGACCACUGCACCUUAAGAGAGGAAUAUGAGGGAACAUGUGUGGUAAACAUUCUUAUAACUCAAGGUUAGAAGAAGGUAAUGUGAUAAAUGUCCUUUGAUAUUAAGAAAAACGUGAGUCUGCUACAGUUGCUUCUAAGUACCACAACACAGACUUGAAGGAAACUUACAACUUGAAAUUCUCAUCAUUUAAUGUUAAUGUGGAGAGAGCUCUUCCGUGAGAGUGAAGUAACCCUCUGAAAGAUGGUAGGUGUUGAAAAAGGGGAGGGCACAGGAUUAUUAUAUUAAAAGGGAGGGGGAGGAACUCCUGCUGUUGUAUUGCCGUGCAAAGUUAAUAAUGGUAUGUAAAUUUGAAACUCCUACAGGACUUCAAAGGGGUCAAAGACAGCUAAAAGACAGCAAAGCAAGUCUUGCUUUGCCUUUAGAAACUGUAACCUUAAAAAAAUGCACUAGAAAGAGAUGUUAGUACACAUCUCACUGAAGCCUGGAAUAGUGGAAAAAUUAUGGGGUAGGAGGGGAAGGACUUUGUGUAAAGGUUGAAAAUGAAAGGUACUUCAGUUACCAAUGUUGCUACCACCUGGCUUCUGCAGUGAUCAGCUACGUGUGUGGUAGAUGAAGCGUCUACUGUAGAUGCAUCUACUGUAAAUAAAGUACAUGUUUUCAUUUUUAGCCAGUGUCUUCCUGAUCUAGAUAGAGGAGAGAGCAAUUCCAUGGCAAAGAACAUAGUCUUUUUUUUUUAUUAACACAGAUACUUGAGUACAAAAAAGUUGGCACAGAAAUUUGAAACCAGCUCCUCAGUCUUAUGUUCCAGACAUUUACCCUGUUUCCAGUGGGAUGAUCUUGAAGAUGCUGGAGUUUAACUGAGGAGGUGGUAGGGUGUUGGUCAUGUAGGAAUCAACAGGCUUGAUGCUAUCUACACAGAUUUCUCUUGCCUGCUUCUGAACUUGUUGCAAACUGCUUUGCAAGAAUGAAAUUGUCUGCAGAACUGUGGGGGAAGCAGGCUGCUACAGUAGGAACAGCAUUUCAAGGAGAAUCUUACCUUGUGUUUUGUCUUCACAACAAACUGUUUGAAACAUAUAUGGCUAAACAGUGCUUGUUGUCCAGUUGAGAACAAGAAUGUUUUAUAUAAGGUGUUUAUUCCUCCAGAAGUUUUGUUGUAUUUUUUCAACCUUUAGGUAAAGUGCCUUCAUCACUCAUAUUUGUGAAGAUGUUAUGUGCCACCUGUGCAUCGUGCAAGUUUUUAAUGGAUCUUUAAAAAAAUAUGGUUGUCUUUUCAAAUGGAGUUGCAUUGGAAAAAUCUGCAGUCACUAAGCCACAAUUUCCAACAGGUGGUUUCUGCUGUGCAGGGAGGAAAAGGGCCAGGAAACAGUCUUGAAAAUCAAGAGACUAUUUUUAUUCUUAAACCAGCAACCACUGGCCUUUUGAGCAAAGUAGCCUCUAAUAGAUCUUAUUUUGUCUUGAUUUCUGGGUCUAUGAGGAAUGGCCUCUGCAAAGUUGUGUCCAAAAAGACCCGCUCUUUUUUUCCUUCUCUCUUUAACCAGUUUUAGCCCUUUCCUAUUGCAUUUUUUAAAAUGUUGGGAUAUAUUACAUGUAUUUGUUGUCUUUGUUGCAAAAUAGCUGGCUCCAGCACAGCUUGCAUCUAGAUGCAAACCUAUCUAUUUGCAGGCUAAUAAGUAAUUCUACUUUAACUGUGCAGAUGAGUUAUGGCUAUAUCUUGUCUUGUCAGAUUGUAUGCUGGUCAACAAUGCUGGCACUUUGCAUGGGAUUGAUACAGAAACCCCUGCAGUGUGUUACCAUAUAUCAGAUUUUGUGUUCCUGUUGCAUACAUGUCAGGAGUCAAUAAACACUGGGUCGUGUUCA